UGCUCCCUUCCCUUCCGCCGUCUCCGGGACGGCUCGUGGGGAGGGAGACGGAUUCCCCGCUUCCCCAAUCCGCCGCAGGCCUAGGGCUAGGGUUUGCGGCCGGCCUCCGCCGAAUUCGCCGUGAUCUCGCCGCCGGGCCGGUGAAAUCCGCCCGGGAUGAUAUUCAAGCGGAGCCAGCGGCCGGAGAUCCUCUCCCUCAAGCGCUGCAAUGCCGGCCGCGGGGAGGAGCGGCCGCGGAAGAAGCAGAGGGGCGACGAGUUCUUCCCCGUCGAGCUGCUCGGCCACGUGCCGGACGCCGCCAUCCCCUACGCCGCCGCCGGGUUCCGCUGGUGCGAGCAGCCACAGGUCGCCUCGCCGGCCGUCGCCGAGCCCGCCGCCGCCACGCGCCCGCCGGUCGUCCGCACGUCGCGCGGCCGUGCCCUGGUCAUGCCUUCGCGGUUCAGCGACUCGGUGCUCAUGGACCCCUGCAAGCGGGAGAAGCCAACGGCGGCCAAGCCGCCUGCGCCGCCCAAGCCCGUUCCCAAAACCAAGGUCAAAGGUGCAGUUUUAGGUCUCCCAUUGCAAGAGGUGCUGCACCGUAAUAAGGGUCCAAUCUCCAGCUCCGCAUUGUCAGAGGAGGAUGACGAUGAAGAGACGGACCGUUACAGAGCGUGCCAGAGUUUUGUUGCCUCCAGGAAGUACUCCAUGUCCCUCAGCACGCUCACCUCCUUGCACGACGACGACGACGAGCCCUACAGCAACGGCUACCUUAGAAAGGAAGACGAGGAAGAAGAAGCAGAGAAGCCGAAGGAGUCCCUCCACUGGAGCAAAGCGUUCUUGUAUGGCGACAUUGUGUGGGCACGGCUCGGUAAGCGGCAGCCGGUGUGGCCAGGAGUUGUCGUCGACCCAGCUCGGCAGGCUGAUGCCGAGGCAAUGCCGCCCCAGCCGCGCGGGGGUUCAGUGCUUUGCGUGAUGCUCUUCGGCUGGUGCCCGGAGUUCGACGAUGAGAAGAAGUAUGUCUGGGCGCGGCAAGGGGGGAUAUUUCCUUUUGUCGACUAUAUUGACCAAUUUCAAGGGCAGACUGAUCUAAGCAGUUGCAAACCUGGUGAUUUCCAGAGGGCACUAGAAGAGGCCUUUUUAGCUGAUCACGGAUUCUCAGAAGUGCCGAUGGAUGACAGAUCAGCAGGGCAGCCUGUCGUGUGUCAAUCUUUUCCAGCCGAUUUAGAAGAAGUGACUGGCUCAAAUGAGCUAGAGUGCCAGACACAAAUUCAGCGGUGUAAAAGAGAAUUGCAGUGUGAAAGUUGUGGAAAUUGCUUUCCAGAUAAAGAGUCAAACAAGUUGGUGUAUGUUAUGGAGCAACUUGUAUGCAAUCUUUGUGCUAGGAUCUUGAGAUCAAAAGCGUACUGUGGGAUAUGCAUGAAAAGUUGGGAACAUAAAUUUGGCCGAAGAUGGGUUUGCUGUCAUGGUUGUGAAAGCUGGGUUCAUGCAGAAUGUGACAAAAAGUGCAGCAACCUAAAGGAUCUACGAGACAAAAGUUAUUUCUGCCUUUAUUGUAGGAUUAAACGUAACUCAGAUUCGUCCGGCAAGAAGACAAACUCUCCUGAUGACAGAAAAGAUAAUUCUACACAGAAAGGAAAGCCUGACAGAGUUGCGGUUGUUUGUUUUGAUAUGGAAGGAACUUACAUACCAAGUCUCGAACUGAUUUGUUGCAAUUGUGCCCCUUGUAAGGGACAAAAGUUCUUGUUCAAUGAAUGGGAGAGACAUGCUGGCUGCAGAAGUAAAAAUUGGAAGUCUAGUAUCAAAAUGAAGGAUACACUGAUGCCAUUUGGAAAAUGGAUCGAUCAACAUCAACCAAGUGUGAACUCUGCAUAUCCUUCAAAACGCUCCUCUCAGAAAUUGAAGAAACAGCAGUUACUUGAUUUGUUAAAUGAACCUUAUGAUCCUGUACAUGCAAAAUGGACAACCGAAAGGUGUGCAGUGUGUAGAUGGGUUGAAGACUGGGAUUACAAUAAGAUUGUGAUAUGUAACAGAUGCCAGAUAGGUGUUCACCAGGAGUGCUAUGGCGUGAGUAGUAAUGAGGAUUUCACCUCAUGGGUUUGUAGGGCUUGUGAAACACCUGAACAAAAGAGGGAGUGCUGCCUUUGCCCUGUAAAAGGUGGUGCAUUGAAGCCAACAAAUGUUGAUAACUUGUGGGUACACGUGUCAUGCGCAUGGUUUCAACCACAGGUGGCAUUUGCUGAUGAGCUCAUGGAACCUGCUAUUGGAAUACUGAGCAUCACACCUUUGCUAUUUAUGAAGAUGUGCGUCAUUUGUAGGCAAAUACAUGGUUCUUGUACACAAUGCUACAGGUGCUCGACUUAUUACCAUGCCACCUGUGCAUCAAGGGCUGGCUAUCGAAUGGAGCUGCACUGCUUGGAGAAAAAUGGCAAACAGACAACAAAGAAGAUUUCGUAUUGCGCUCAUCAUCGGAGACCUAACCCUGAUAAUGUUUUGAUAAUUCAAACUCCUGCUGGAACUUUCUCUUCAAAAAGGCUUGUUCAGAAUAGUGUUACUGUAGCUGCUUCAAGACUUAUUAGGAAAGAUCUUCCGAAGGAUUCAGCAACCAAACUUGAAACUGCAGAGAACCUGUGUUCUUCAAGAUGUCGGGUUUAUGUUAAGAAAGAGUUAAAGAGAUCUCGGGAGGCAGCAAUGGCACACCAUGUAAGGGGAUCUUGUCAGCACCCCUGGAACGAAAUUUACAGUCUGAAUCCACCAAGGGAAGAGAGGGAUCCGGAAUCCUUUUCUACUUUCAAGGAGCGUCUACGCUAUCUUCAGAAAACGGAACAUAGUAGAGUAUGCUUUGGUCAUUCAGGAAUUCAUAGGUGGGGACUUUUUGCUCGUCGGGACAUUCAGGAAGGAGAAAUGGUUCUUGAGUACCGUGGUGAGCAGGUCAGACGAAGUGUUGCUGAUUUGCGGGAAGCACAGUAUCGUAGACAAGGAAAAGAUUGUUAUCUUUUCAAAAUCAGCGAGGAAGUUGUUGUUGAUGCCACGGACAAAGGAAACGUGGCACGCCUGAUUAACCAUUCUUGCACGCCAAACUUCUAUGCGAGGAUUAUGAGCGUGGGGCAUGAUCAGAGCCGCAUUGUUCUGAUUGCAAAGAGAAAUGUCUGUGCUGGUGAAGAGCUAACGUAUGAUUACCUGUUUGACCCUGAUGAGGCCGAUGAUUGCAAAGUUCCUUGCCUAUGCCAGACUGCUGACUGUCGCAAAUACAUGAAUUAGGUUAGAGUAGAUGUCAAUGGGCCAUUGCCAUUGCCAUUGCCAUAGGUUUUCUUUUCUCCUUUACCAUUUUCUUGGUUCAUUGGUGAUAAGCGGUAUAUAUUUACCUGUUCCCCCUGCCCCCCCCCAGCUAUUUUUGCUAUAGCUUGUAGAAAUAAGUUAGUCAGCUCAGAAGCGUGAGCUUCCAUUCCUGUAAAUGCUACUAAUGUGUUAAAUACAAUCCUUUUAGUUUAAUGUAACCCCAGUUUUGAUUCUC